GUGGCCAACUCCGACCGACGGCCCGCCUCACGGAACACGGGAAGCAAUCAGCCCAUAACCGAGCGCCACGGCCAUGGCCUUCGCCGGCGACGGGGAAGACGCCGCCGUCGCCGGCGACCCGGUGGUUCUUGAGAUCACCGACACAUCCUCCGCCGCAGCCUCUGGUGCUCCCUCCUUGCCUCGUCCCGCGCCGGUCUGCGUCUCCGACCUCGCACGCUUCGACCCGCUUCCGUCCCCAACCGUCGCCGUUCGCGCCGACCGGCACAGGCUAAUCGAGACCUCCUCCUACUUCCGCGCACUACUCGGCGGCAGCUUCAGUGAGUCGGGCAGAGCAUAUGUGCAGGUCGGCUGCAAUUUGGAGGCUGCCGUGCAAGUGCUACGCUAUCUGUUUGAGCCUUCCGAGAGCUUCACCAUCACGCCCGACAAUUUCCUCCCGCUAUUGGAGGGAGCUUUGUUCCUUGCUGUUGAGAGCCUUCUAGUGGAGUGUGAAAGAUGGUUCCGCACCAUGUGCUCUCAAACUUCUGCAACGAUAGUUCCACUGGAUUUCCUAAUUGAAGUCUGGUACUUUGCUCAAGAGCAUGGUGUUACUUUUGUUCAAGAUACAUGCCCAGAAUAUCUGGCUCAGAAUUUUGCACAUGUUAUCUCAAGGAGGUUAUUUAAUAAAAUACCUUAUGGUUUGUUAUGUUCAACCAUUGAAUGUCCACAUCUGAUGGUUGAUAGUGAAAAACAAUUGUGUGAAGCAAUUUUAUAUUGGGUUUCAGAAAAUAAGAAACCCUGUGAACGACCGAAUCCCAACUCAGUAGAUGACCACCUAUUCCUUCUUAGCAAGGUGAAGAUAUGCCUUUUACCACUGGAAUUUGCGACAGGGACAAAGAGGCAUUGGCUUGACUUUGGAAACAACAUCGUGCGUACAAUUCUUAAUCUUCUCAAGGACAGUUUGAAAACUCUAAUGGAUGCCAUUGCUGAUGGUAAUUUGGAAGGAUAUUGCAUUCGAAUAACAGAAUAUUCGAAGAACAUAGUGCUUUCAGGAUGCCCACAAAUAACUACAGCAUUCUUGUACAUAUCUGUUAUCCCUACUUAUCUGGAUGUUUCAUUUAAGAGAAGGAUAGUAAGUUCAUACACCCAGGUUGAUCAUCAAAGCUUCAUUCUUUAUGAUGAACUGGAGAAGGCUGGUAAAACCUUAUUAUUUAGGAAUGUACACAUGGUGGAUCUUUCGAAAUGUCCAAAUGUUCAUUUCGGUGCAGCAAUUGACUGGUUAAAGUUGGCUUUUCCAGAACUAAGGAUACUCAGGGCUUUAUAUUGUUUGUCAUUUCAAUUUGUUGAUUUGCUAUAUCUGUUUCUGAGAUGUCCAUGGAUUGAUGAAAUUGAUAUGGCUAUUGAUAAAAGCACCAUAACACCCAGACAGUCAGUAGUCUAUUCUAGUUCUGAAGUCCUAGGAAAAUUGAAGCAAAAUCCAAGAAAAUAUUACAUAUCACGUCCAUCAUAUGACAGGCAACCGAAUUUAGUUUUCUCAAAUAUAUCAAGGCUGACAUUGGAGGGCAGAGAUGAUAUUGAUGAUGUGGACUUGCUGAAGAUAUCUGUGCUGAAAAAUUCUCUCUGUUAUAUAAACAUUAGAAACUGCACCCUGUUGACAGAUGGUGGUAUUUCAAACUUUCUGCUGAGAUGUACAAAGAUCCAUUCAAUGGUUCUUUCGUAUACUUCUUUUGGAAAUUGGUCAAUUCAAACGCUACAUUAUAUGACAGUUAAUAUACAAGAAUUACAUCUGAGUGGCUGCAAAGGUAUUGAUGCUGCUCCUAUGUCUCUGCUAAUGGGCAUUAUAAAUAUCACAAAAUUUCUGUGCUUAAGGGGAACAUCACUUACAGAUGAUGCACUCUGCAAGUUUUCUGGCUCUAGUCUUGAGUAUCUUGAUGUUUCAGAGACUGCGGUUUCUAUGGUAUCGUUAGCACCAGUUAUACGAAGAAAUUGUAAUUUGAACUGUCUGAAAACAGCUGGAUGCCGUAGUCUUCUGUUUGAACAUGAUAAAGUAGAACGCAUCAUUGGUAACAAGUACGGAGAUUUUCUACAGGAGAUAGGAAGUACCUGUUGUUUGGAGGAUGUUGAAAUGGGCUGGGGAUUUUGCCCUAUUCAAACCGAAGACCUUAUUCCUUCUUUUAGUAAAGUAAGGAAUAUGACAGUUGGCCUGGGCACAACAUUAGCGGAGAAUAUACUGCAUGCUCUUCCUGUCAUUUGCCCAUUUCUUGAGUCUCUGACUCUGAGGUUUCAGGUGAUAUCUGACAGGGUUAUUAGAAAUCUACUGGAAUCAUCAGUAAAUCUUCAGGUGCUUUGCCUGCACUAUUGUCUUGGCAGUUUAACUUCAUUUAGCUUUCAAGCAAAGGCACCAGCAUUAAGAAUAUUACGCCUUCAAUGGGUUACUCCUUGGAUUACAAACGAUGACUUGACAAUCCUUACAAAGAAUUGUAAUCUAGUUGAACUUUCACUGUCUGGUUGCAAACUCCUUGACUCCAGCUCUCAACAGAUAAUUGCGUCUGGGUGGCCAAACUUGGUGCUUUUACACCUCGAGGACUGUGGCCAAGUAACAGUUGGAGGGGUUUCUUCUAUUUUAAAUUGUAAAGCUUUGGAAGAUGUCCUAUUACGGCACACGGGUAGAGGCAUCGGAAGGAGCAUAGUAGACGAUGCUAUCAGAGAGUUACCACUACUAAGGAAACUGGCUUUGGAUCUUUGCGAUGCUUGUGAAGAAGGUUAUGAUAGCCCAAGUAACGCAGAGGGGAAGAUGAUGAGAAGCGUAAGGAUGAGUAGAUGCAAGACGUUGAGCGGGUCUUGUUUGGAGCUCCCCAGAGAAGGGUCCUCAAAGCCGGUGCACAAGGACACCGUGGUGCUGGAAUGGAGCAGCACAAGGAUGACAACCACCAUAGUGAAACAGAGAGUAGAUGGCCCGGCCCGGCCCACCUGGGACCGCCGCCUGCCUGCUUCCGCGUCCUGCCCCCGCCGCCGGUUGGAGAUGGCCCAUCCCGCCGAUUCCGCCUCCACGCCGCCGGCUCCAAACGUCGGCGAGGAUGGAGCCAUCCACUCCCCGCCACUGCCGCCUCAAAGGGGGCGGCCCAAGGUGGUGAUUGUGAUGGGCGCCACGGGCGCCGGCAAGUCGCGGCUGGCCGUCGACCUCGCGGCCCACUUCGCCGGCGUCGAGGUGGUCAGCGCUGACUCCAUGCAGGUCUACCGCGGUCUUGACGUCCUCACCAACAAGGUUCCUCUGCACGAGCAGAAAGGUGUUCCUCAUCAUCUCCUUAGCGUAAUCGAUCCCUCCGUCGAGUUCACUUGCCGCGAUUUCCGCGACCAUGCCGUGCCGAUCAUACAGGAAAUACUGGAUCGCGGUGGCCUCCCUGUUAUUGUUGGUGGUACAAACUUCUACAUCCAGGCCCUUGUUAGCCCAUUCCUUUUUGAUGACAUGGCACAAGAUAUGCAGGACUGCACUUUAAGUGAUCACCCAGAUGGCAUAGGGCUUACCAAUGACGACGAAGGCGGUGGGUAUGAGCGCUUGAAGGAGAUUGAUCAUGUCGCAGCCCAAAGGAUCCACCCAAACGACCAUAGAAAAAUAAAACGCUACCUUGAGUUGUAUGCGACCACAGGUGCCCUACCAAGCAAUCUUUUCCAAGGAGAGGCUGCUAAGAAAUGGGGUCGGGCUAGUAACUCCAAAUUCGACUGUUGUUUCCUGUGGGUAGAUGCUGAUCUUCAAGUGCUGGAUAACUAUGUGAACCAAAGGGUUGAUUGCAUGAUGGAUGCUGGCCUGCUAGAUGAAGUAUGUGAUAUAUACGAUCCAGAUGGUGUUUACACCCAAGGGCUGCGGCAGGCCAUUGGGGUUCGUGAAUUUGAUGAGUUUUUCAGAUUAUACUUAACAAGAAAAGAAUCUGAUAACAAUAAGGCGACUUCUUCUGCAACUAUGUUAAGUGUGCAUGAUGAUCAACUUAAGAGCAUGUUGGAUGAAGCUGUUUCCCAGCUUAAGACAAACACACGCAGACUUGUUCGGCGUCAAAGACGGAGACUGCAUCGGCUGAGUAAAGACUUUGGGUGGAACUUGCAUCGUGUUGACGCAACCAAAGCAUUCUGCUGUACCACGGGCAACUCGUGGAACAAGGAAGUUGUUGAACCUUGUGUGGAUGUUGUGAAAAGCUUUUUGGCUGACGGCACAACUUGUUCGCCAAGCACAAAUGCUUCAGAUGGCAUUGGAGAAAGAGAGGUGUGGACUCAAUAUGUGUGCGAGGCCUGCGACAAGCGCGUGCUCCGAGGGGCGCACGAGUGGGAGCAGCACAGGCAAGGGCGAGGCCACCGAAAAAGAGUGCAGCGCCUGAAACAGAAGAGGAGCCAAAUGAGGCCAUCAGAAUCGUCGUAAAAAAAAAAGACCCAAGCGUAUGGUUGCAAUUUGCAGUGGUACGGUGUGCCAUUUGUUUGUAACGGGCUAAGCUGUUCAAAAUUUUGAGCAUGAGAGAGUAUUGUAAUUUGUAUUGUGUUGUGUGAAUGGAUUAUUUCACUGAAGAAUUGGUGUUGUGAUUUGCAGUUCGGUCAGCCGGGCUUUAGAAAUUUGCAGUCCGGUCGGUCGGGCUUUAGAAA